ACCUUCUCCGAAGACAUGAAGCUGUUGGAGAACUCCAGCUUCGAGGCCAUCAACUCACAGCUCACUGUGGAGACGGGAGAUGCCCACAUCAUCGGCAGAAUCGAGAGCUACUCGUGCAAGAUGGCCGGCGACGACAAGCAUAUGUUCAAGCAGUUUUGCCAGGAGGGGCAGCCCCACGUGCUGGAGGCGCUGUCCCCACCACAGACCUCUGGCCUCAGUCCCAGCAGACUGAGCAAGAGCCAAGGAGGAGAGGACGAGGGCCCGCUGAGCGACAAGUGCAGCCGCAAGACGCUCUUCUACCUGAUCGCCACACUCAACGAGUCCUUCCGGCCUGACUAUGACUUCAGCACAGCGCGGAGCCAUGAGUUCAGCCGGGAGCCCAGUCUCAGUUGGGUGGUGAAUGCAGUCAACUGCAGCCUGUUCUCGGCCGUGCGGGAAGACUUCAAGGCCCUGAAGCCGCAGCUGUGGAAUGCUGUGGACGAGGAGAUCUGCCUGGCAGAGUGUGACAUCUACAGCUACAACCCAGACCUGGACUCGGACCCCUUCGGGGAAGAUGGGAGCCUCUGGUCCUUCAACUACUUCUUCUAUAAUAAGCGUCUUAAGAGGAUCGUAUUCUUCAGCUGCCGCUCUAUCAGUGGGUCCACGUACACUCCCUCUGAGGCGGGCAACGAGCUGGACAUGGAGCUGGGGGAGGAAGAGGAGGAGGAGGAGGAGGAGGAGGAAGAGAGCGGGGGCGGAGGCAGCGAGGGAGGACCUGAGGAGAGUGGCGCCGUGGAGGAGGACAGGGUCCCAGUGAUGUGUAUGUGAGGGGCAGGAGCAGAGACCCCGGCUUCAUCCAGCUUCGACCAGUGCCUGGACCUGCCCACCUGCUGCUGACCCGACCCUGGUGCUGCCACAGCUUCAGCACCACCCAGGUCGUUUUGACUUGGCCCUUGGCCUCCUGCAUAUGGACAUCCACUUGGCCCACAGGCUUCUGCUGCCCACAUGGCGGCCGGACUGGACCAUAUCGGGCCUGUUGGGUAGAGCCUCUGCCCUGCCCUAAUGAGCUGACUGGACAGGGCUUCAGGACCAUAGAGUUUAUUUUUGUAUUUUGUACUGGCUUGGGCCUGGGCCUGCACACUCCAGUCCCAAGACCCAGCAAGCAGGCUGCCCAAUGGUCACUCUUUUGGGCCUGGCCAGUCCCGAACGCCCACCUGUAACCCCCACCUUGCCCACUGGGCAGUGUGCACUGAGUGUCACUUUGCUGCAGCUCGUUUGUUUCCAAUAAAAGUUUGUGACUUCA